GGAACAGUCCCUCGCGCUUACAGUGGAGGAAUCGAACGUCCCCGAGCGCACACCAUCUCCACGAGCGGAAGGGAAUAACGCUGUCUGUUUUUUUUUGUCCUCCGCCACCGCUCAAACAGCACUAACACAGCGAGCCUGCAACAAUUCGGGAAACGGGGGGCAUUCCAGAGUAUUGUUCACACGAGGAGCGGAGGAAAAGCGAGGGAUCGGGAGCCGCAAGUUUUUUUUUCUUCCCCCUUUCUCUCUUUUCUUCCUUUCACCCCCUCACCCACUCCCGAAAAGAAGGAUUCUGUGCUCGGCGGUGCUUCGUGUUCCGCUCUCCUCGCCGCAAAGAUGAUGGUCGGAGAGGUCGAAGUGAAGGAGCGACCGAGGCCGAGUCCCGACUAUUUGAUGCAAUUGUUGAACGAGAAGAAGCUCAUGACCAGUUUGCCCAAUCUCUGCGGCAUCUUCACGCACCUUGAGCGGCUUCUCGAUGAAGAGAUCAACAGAGUGCGCAAACACAUGUACAGCGACACAGUCAAUGGCCUUGUGGACAGACGCCCCCUGGAGCUGCCUGAGCCUGUGGGACCCAUGGUCUACCUGCAGGAAAAACUGUUUGUGCCUGUCAAAGACUACCCAGACUAUAACUUUGUGGGUAGAAUCCUCGGCCCGCGGGGACUCACGGCCAAACAGUUGGAAGCAGAAACGGGAUGUAAAAUCAUGGUGCGAGGCAAGAGCUCCAUGAGAGACAAAAAAAAGGAGGAGCAGAACAAAGGAAAGCCAAAUUGGGAGCACCUCAAUGAAGACCUUCAUGUCCUGAUCGCCGUGGAAGACACGCAGACCAGAGCCGAGAUCAAGAUGAGGAGAGCCGUGGAGGAGGUGAAGAAGCUUCUCGUACCAGCUGCGGAAGGGGAAGACAAUUUGAAAAAGGUCCAGCUGAUGGAAUUGGCCAUUCUCAACGGGACCUACCGAGACAACAACAUCAAAGCGCCCACCCUUGCGUUCUCUCUUGCAGCGGCGGCGGCGGCCGCUCAGGGACCCCGCCUCAUAGCGGCACCCACAGGUCAGGUGUUGCCGCCCCCGGCGCUCCGGCCCCCGACUCCCGCCGGGGCCCCCCUCAUGAACCUCAUCCGGCCCACUCAAAUGGCCGCCAUGCUGCCCAACGGCACCCCCACUCUGGUGCCGCCCACGCCGGAAGCCGGGCUCAUCUACACCACACCUUACGAUUACCCCUACGCCCUGGCGCCCACCUCCCUGCUGGAGUACCCCAUCGAGCACAGUGGGGUUCUAGGUGCAAUGGCUACUAAAGUGAGACGGCAUGACACGCGGGUCCAUCCUUACCAAAGGAUUGUGACCGCUGACAGAGCCGCCACCGGCAACUAACAUGAACCUUCUGACCUCUGAACUCUUCACCCAAUGACGAGCCGCCCCCCAGCCUGCCUGCUGAUCAGUUAACUGGUAAUUUGCCUUUUUGCUAGCCUCUCUCUCCCCCAGUGACUAAAGAGAGAGAGAAAGAAAGAGAAGGGAGGCGCCAACCCUAACACGCCAACAAAAACGUCACGCCCACAUGAAGUUGUGUGCUCCUCGUUUUUUUUUUUUUUUUUUUUUUCUUCUGUUCAUUGAGUUCCGUUCCCAUUCUUUCUCUUUCUUUUUCUCCACCAGUCACGCGCCGCGGGUGGGAUGUUUGUGGUGUUAAUCAUACAUGUGCACUGACGUUAAAUAGCAAUAAGAUGCCAACCAGAGAACCCACCCGCUACCCCCUCCCCCCCUAUUUUUGUCAAACCUGGACGCCAACCAUUUGGUUUUAGAAUGACAAUGCCCCUCCAAAACUAAAAAUAAAGCAAAGAAAUGUGGUGGGGCGGUGUCCCAAGUAUCAACCCCCCGCCCUCCCCUAAAAAAAGAAAAAGAAACAGAAGGAAAGAGAACAUCAACACUCACCUUAACUUUGUUGAAAUUGUCAUCCCGAUUUGUAAUUAUGACACAUUCUGGGUGUGCUGCCCUUUUUCACCCUCGCCCAGCCCAACAAAAAAGCUUUUCUGUCUUGAUUUGUUUUAAAACCGCAUGGCUGUAACGAUUGCAAAACAAUAAUGCGCUUUUUGUUUCAUUAGUUUUGUGUUUUAUGUUUUUUGGGGGUUACAAUUUGUAUGUUUUGUUUGUUUGUUUUUGUGUUAUAUUCAGUUGACACUUUUUUUUUUGUUAUUGUUGUUUGACUAAAUUGACAAAGAAAGACGCAGGCUGCUAAAGCUAACGCCGGGGAUGGGCCAAACUUGGGAUGAAGGGUUUACGUUUGCGUGUGUGCUUUUUCUCUUUUGUUAUUUUUAAUUUUCAAUGUUAUGGUUGUGUUUCUUGACAUACUACAUCGAAAAUAGGGUGUUUAGGAGGCUUUGCCAUCCCCACUACAUCCAUGUUACAGUGCCUGAUGCAUUUAGAACAAACUAGAUCUCAAUGAGUUCGCUGAGCUGUGAUCAAAAAGACAAAAAAAAAAAAAAGAAAAAAAACAAGUAUUACGUGUGAAUAUUUAGCCAAAGGUUUUUUUUUUUCCCGAUGAUUUUACUACAAUUAUGAUGAGCUAUCUGCCAUUGUGCAUCUGCAUCACACAGAGGGCUGUUUUUAAAGUUUGGAAAGGUGUGAAUUUUUUGUGGUGCCUGCCUUGAAAGCCAGUCAGUUAGCAUUUUGAUUUUGUUUUACUUAUUUUAUUUUAUUUUUUUGGUUGAAUUUUUUAUUCCUGAGGAGGAAAAACAAAAACACCAAAACGACUCCUUGGAUUAGCAUCGAAAUGAAGGGUCCCUCCCACCAUUUUCCAAUUGUCGUUUUUAAUUCAAUACUUGGCCAUUUUUUUGUGUCAGGCCAACGUGCGAGCGCAUCCACAAUGUGUCACAUCUCGUAUCUUCUGAGAUCCUUUUGUUGAACUCUCUCAAGAACAAAAAAAAAAAAUAGGAUGUGAAAGCCAUGCCUGCCUGUUCAAAUUGCUUUAUACAUACGUCUUAUAUACAUAUACAUAAAUAUAUAUAUCAAAAUGUACAUAACGCCAUUGCAUAUAUAAAUACAUACACAGAAGCGAACAAAAAAAAACAAUUGAUAAUUUUACAGUACAGGGUGCUGGAGUAGAGGAAAAAAGGAAUUCUAUUUUUGCCAAUUUUAGCUUUUGAUACUUUGCAGAUACAAACAUCUGAUUAAAAAAAAAGACAAUAAAACAAACAAAAAAAAGAACUCGUGGGUGAGGAGGUGCUGUUGGCCUGGACUAAACUGGAAAGAAGAGUUUAUUUUAAAAAAAAUCAAAAAAUACAGGAAGGAAUCAAAUAAAAGCAAAAAGUGCCUUAUCGAGAGUGAUUUUUUUCCGAGAAGCGUAAAAAACAAAAAGAAAUGCCAGCACCCACCCAAGAUGGCGCAGAGCGGAGCGUGGCGUCGGCAGCCCGCGUUAACUCUAUGCAACCCGAAUUAGCUGACUCAGCUAAAUAUGUGCCAUGGUUUUGUUUUGUUUUGGGGUUUUUUUGUUUUUUUUUUUUGGUCUUCCUACGAUUUCUUUUUUCUUUUUACUCGACAGCCCUUUACUCUGCUGUGUGAGCAGGCUUUGAUCUCCUUGAUUUUUUUUUUUGAGAAUCGUAUGAAUUUUUAAAAUUUGAUUUUUUUUUUAGUCUUUUGGUUUUGAGCGUGUGUGAGCGUGCCGUACUUCCUCAUCGGAUUAAACGGCACUGCUGAUAGUAGCAAUGCAGUCGGAUGCAUCAUGAGCUGAGAAAAAUACAUUUAGGAUUUGUUCAAGUUCAACCGCGUUGGUUUCAACAACCGCGAUUUGGCGACAAAUAACCACCGUUGCGACGUUUGGAUAAAAGAACCAAAUUGUUGAAAACACCGGCGACGCUGAUUUUUACCGAUUCCGUUCAUGGCUUUCUCAUCGAGCCGAAAAGGUCAAUGAAAUUCUUCUCUUGUUUUCAGUGUUACUCUCAUUAUUCUUGCUCUUAUUUGUAGGAAAAAAAUUUGAAAUGCAAUAUAAGUGGAAAUGGCUGUACAGCAUUCGACAGUAUUAAGAGAAGUUUCCCCCUGCGAUGUUACGCGCUACGUUGUGUGGCUUGGGUAACAUCCAUCAGGUGAUGAAAAGGUGGGGAGGGGGG